AUGGAAGGUCGUACCAAAAGGCUCGGUCGCCGUGCGAAUAUUGCCAACGAGGACCAGAAUCCCACUGCCCAAGAAUGGGCACAAUCACUCCUGGAUCGCAUGGCUCCCAUUACGUCAAGUGAUCUGGCUACGCUUUUGGGACCUCCUCCCGAAUCCGAUGAGGAAUGGACCGAUCAAGACGAGGCUUAUAUCGAUCGGAAAUGGGCGACGUCAACGGAGAAGAAAGCUCAAGACAAAAUAGAAGACAAGUCGCACCCUAUGCUACUGAGUUUAUGGAAGACCUGUCUUCGCGUUUUCAGGACUUCGCCCGUGGAUCUCAUAUCUCCUCUGAACAAUUUACGAUAUUCCGUAAUGUCUGACGAUGAUACCAGCCGUCAUCUGUACAGCAAAGCCUUCUGCACUGAUUUGACCUCAAUCAUGGUCCACCCUUUUAUCUGCGGGCGGCAGGCAAGGCUGGUCAUAGUGUUGCAGUUCGCUGCCAUCUGUCGAAUUGACGAAAGGGAACUAUGGAAAUCAACCGCAAAGCGUCGCGGUGCAUGCCCUGCGUUAAAUGAGACAUUCCGCCUGAUGGAGAAGAAUGCUAAUGAUGGAACCAGUGAGCCAGUUAAGUCACUGCAUGAUGCUGCAAGGCAAAGUGUCUUGCGUGUUGGAGAGGUGCCAUCUAAUCUCUCCGAUCUUUUGCAUUGGCUUGGUCAGGUCAUUUCGAGUACAACGCGUAGUGUCGCAACUGUUCAUGACCAGAUCGACUAUCGAAUGGGAAUGCCAGUGCUCCCAAUAUGCAUCACCGACUUGAAGAACAUUCAGCAAGCGAUCAAUACUAUGCAGUGGAAUGACGAAGCGUAUGCGUGUACCACUGCCGAAGCGUUGGAAAGCUACAAGUCGAUUACUCGAGCUCAGGAGCUCCCAAGUUCUCAUGACCUGAAAAGAGUCUUCGGGCUGGCACACAAAGCGUUGAUGCGGGCCCUUCAUCGUGAAGAUCGAGGUUCUCACUUUGAUGAGCCUCUUGGCGAUGAGCCUCUUGGCGAUGUCGACGCCAGACACGCCAGCGAACCGCCAAUUGAGGGUCAAUUGAUGGAGGAUGAUGGUGAUUAUUCCAUGAACUCCUCUUCGCAACAGAUCUCCAUCUCGGAUGACGUCGCCUUGGCAAGUGCUAUUAGAUCACCGAGUCUCGGCGUGGGGGGUGACCGUGAAUUUCGUCGUGAGUCACCGGCUACCACGCCAGGUACAGAGAUGAUUUUGAAUGCGAUAAUGGACAUGAAGGUCCAGUUCCAGGUCGAGAUGACAACCGCGAAUGCCAAGCUAGAUGCCAAGCUAGAUGCCAUGAGCAACGAGAUGAAAGCCCUAAGGGCCGAGCUCAACGCUGUUUCCAGCGAACACCGCCGCCUGGUCGAGGAAAAUGGUAACUUGAGUCAACAUCAGCCCGCAUCUGAGCCACACAACGUUGACCAAACCGACAACGAGCAGGACCCAGGGCAACUGGACGUAUCCUACGAAGGCAUGAUAGAAUGGAUGAGCGACUAA